GUUAUAAUUCAACAGUUCUUGCAAUUCCUCUACCAAACUUUGUUUCCUAUCCAAAAAAAUAUAAUUUUUGUAAAGAAUUAAUAUUACCUUAUUACAACUGUUUAACAUAUUCAAAUAAGCUUGAAAUGAUAAAUUACGAGAAACACUACUUAAUGUCAAAUGGAAUACUUAUGGCAGGAAAUAUUAUUUUGCAAUUUG